AGCGCCCACUUGCAUUUAAAAAAACUUUGCUUGUGCUUUCCCUUACGCUCAGCACCUCGCAUUCUUGACAAAAAAAAUAAAAUAAAAUACUAGUCGAAUCAUGUCGAAUAAAUUUGAAUCUGAUGUUAUAAAAGCGCUUGAAAAAAUACUUAAGACUGAAACAGAAUAUAAUGUUAUUAUUCAAGUUGGAAAAGAGCCUGAUUUUAAGGAAUUUCAUGCGCAUUCUAUUAUCUUACGCUUUAGAUCCGAAUAUUUUAAUGAAAUACUUUCUGCUGAAAAUAUAGAGAAGAAAGAUGGAAAAUAUAUAAUUAAAAAACAAAAUAUUACUCCCCAAGCUUUUGACGUUAUUCUUAAGUUUCUUUAUACUGGUCAUAUUAGUAUCAAUAAUAAAUCUGGAACUGAGCUUUUAGAUAUUAUGACUUCCUCGGACGAAUUGAAGUUAAAACAAUUAACUAAGUUUACCGAAGAUUUUAUUAUUGAAAAUUAUCAACAAUUCUUACAAAAUGAUCCAGUUGGAAUCCUUCAAAUUAUUAAUUAUAAUAAAUCAUUUGUUGAUCUACAAGAAUUUUGCUUAGAAGCAAUUUGUUCUGAUCCUAAAAUUUUGUUCAACUCAGAUAAGUUCAUCAAAUUACCUGCUCCUUUACUAGAAAUUGUUUUGAAGCGAGAUGAUUUGAAUUUAGCCGAAAUUGAAGUUUGGGAAAGUUUAAUCAAAUGGGGACUAGCACAAGGACAAACAUUUAAUCAUGAUGUUACUAAAUGGAAUCAGGAUGAUUUUAAUCAUCUUCAAAGAAUUCUUUAUAAAUUUAUUCCUUUAAUUAGAUUUCAUGAAAUAUCAUCUGAUGAUUACGUCAAUAAGGUUAAACCUUAUAAAAAAAUUUUAUCAAAGGAAUUGAGAGAUGACAUUUUAAAGUUUCAUAUGGCUUCUGGAUACACCCCAAUUUUCAAAAUUUCACCAAGAUGUCACAAAUUUCAAUUCGAUUCUGUUAUAAUAACCAAUCAAAUUCAAGAUUACUCCGUACUUUUUGCGAAUUGGAUUGACAAAAAAGAGGCAAAUAAUAAGUAUGCUAAAACCAUUCCCUAUAAAUUUAAUCUCUUAUACAGGGCUAGCAGGGAUGGUAACACAACAAAAGCAUUUCAUGAUAAAUGUGAUAAUAAAGGAGCAACUAUAGUAAUAGUAAAAAUUAAUGGGACAGAGCAAAUAGUUGGUGGGUAUAAUCCAUUCGAUUGGGAUUCAAGUAAUAAUUAUAAGCAUACAACAGACAGUUUUAUAUUCUCAUUUACAGAUAGUAAGAAUAUAAACUCUGCAAAAUCAGGCUAUAGUAGUGGUACAAGUUCUAUAGGCUGUUAUCCGCAACAUGGACCAAUAUUUGGUACUAAUUUUUAUCAUGUAAUGGAUGGUACUCAUUGGAAUAUUGGUAACAACAAUUAUAUUAAUAUUGGUAUUCCAAACAAGCGUAUAAUUACAGAUGAUUAUGAAGUUUUUCAGGUUAUGAAGAAAUAAAAAAGUUAAUAAAUUUAUUUUAUGAUUUAGUAAUUUGAUGAAAAUUUUCAAAUUAUAAUUUUAUGCUUAUCUUUAAUUAUACAAUUUCUUGUAUUAUUAAAAACGCAUACGACACCUUAUUAUAAAAUUUAUCAUUAUAAAUUUCUAUUUAAAAUCUCAUCAUUAUUUCUUAUUUCUUAAAUACUCAAAAGUCAAAACCCUUAGUACUAAAAGUCAAACAAGUUCUUCAUAUAUUAACCAAAUCCAAGUGCAAAAAAUACAAUUAAUGCAAUAAAAGUUAUUAUGUGUAACGAUUUAGGUUUGUAAAUAAAAUAUUAUAUAAAAUCAGAACAUGUUACUAGAAAAUUUCUUUCUUUCGAUAAUACUUAUGUCAGUCGUCAUAGUGUAAUAAAUAAUA